GUAACUUUCUGGUCAACAUUGGAGUCAGCUCAGGAGGAAUCUCUCAGUUUAUACAAAAGCACGCACCCCGUUAUGUCACUUCCUUCCUUUUGGCAACAAGCAUCAAGGCGUUCCUAACCGACGCAGAGAUCGGUGAUGUAUUCUACGACAUGCUCGUCUACCAGGGUCUCACCAAAAUCCCGGAGCUACGAUGUUCUCGAAGUCAACUCACAAAUGCCAUUGGGGCUACCGCCAGUUACAGCGAUCAACUUAUUCCUGUCGAUAUCGUCGAUUGAGUGGUAAUCAUACUGCGGAACUCGGGUUUGCAUGUUCAAGAUAUGAGAAGGGCUUUUGGAACACCAAACUCAAAGGAGCUUGCGCGUAUCUUCUCUCUGGUCUUCGGGUCAAUUCAGGAUCAGGAGGUUGAGUUUGUCACGUUGGAAGGGUCAUCGAAUUGCACCAUCAUUGCCUCAGCCUUUCUUUGGCUCAAUGGGGAUGAUGUGCAACUUACCGUGGGCGAUCGGACUGUCAUAGCAGUGGCACAACCAAAGAUACUCAUCAAUAUCCCGACAGGCGGUGAGAGAGGGAAUGCUUGGGUGGUACAAGAGUGGAGGGAAGGGAAAGCCCUUUCGAACUUGAUUGUAACGGGUGUCGCAAGUUCGAAUAAGCCCAUGGCAACGAGCGCUAACCCCGCAAAAGCCGCAAAAUAAGUCAUCAGCGCCCAGUAUAGGCCUCAGCGAUGAGAAGAUGGUGUACGUAGGCCAGCUCGCCACGGCUCUUGUGUUGGUAGCGGUGGAGAGAGGUAUAAUCUAUGUCAAUUGGGGGUUCCCGGGUACUGCUCCAAUGAAAUGCAAACUUGGAGAUCUCUGUCAGGAUUGUUACCUUUCCAAUGUAAUGGAAUGCAUGGAGUAUUACGGACGGACGGGCGACGAAACAUGCGGCGCCGAACAGCUUGCAGACUACAUCAAAACAUGGACCGAAACCGAAUUGCCGGGACUUGAGAAAGAGAAGAUUGAAUCCGGCCACCCCCUCAUACAAACCUACUUCGAGAAGAUGAGUUGGAUCCUGAACUUCAUCGAGCAACGCAGGGCUGUGGACGCAGGAGAAGAAAAGCACAAACACGCCGGGCCUAGUACGAUCGAGGCAGUCAUCUAUAUCGCAUCCCAGUCUCUCUACGGGUCGAUCUGCUCCAAGUUCCCAAAAGUGAGGUUAUUUCGCACAGGUACCUGGACAUCUAUCCGUCAGGCUGGUAUGGAUCUACUGUACUGGGUAGUGUGGCACGAGGGACUCCGAGAUUGCACUGAUCUACCAGUGCCUAUCGCGGAUCUGCGCCGACUUCCUGAGAGCGUAACACUUGGCUCACUCCAAUGCUCCUGUAUGGCUUCUCUAGCACCUGGCGUCGAGGUUUAUGGCUAUAGUUCUACGGGCUCUGCGAACUUUACGGCUGGUAUAGAGACCAACGACCUUGCCGUCGCCAGUAACGGGUAUGUCGCUUGGCUGCCCCAGCUGCGAUGCAUUUCUACCAACCCACGCACGGCGAUGGCUGUCGAAAUUAGCUCGGGGUACCUGCAAAGACUUGGUGAGGAUCAGGAUUCCCCGCAGGGUAAUCUCAUCAAAAUCCAGGAGGGAGAGGAGGAUCAAUUUCAUAUUGGUGUGAAACACAAUGCUUCCGACCCAAAAGCCUCUGCUCUCUUCCGAUUGAACCCAGUCGACGAACAUGGAUCCUAUUCCGGGAUGCCUUCCCUGAGUGACACUAAUCAGUUAGAAGUCAAACACUUCCUGUCCUACAAAGGUAGAGUCCUCCAAAUAAUAACACAACUCCACCAAGCAAACACGAUCGUUCUACUUCGGUUAACUGGAUUCAUUCAGCAGAUGCGGUCGCUGGGGCGACACAUCUACACAAUCAAACGAUCCCAGCCUUUGCAGAGAAGCAGCUAGCUUUGCGAUGGCACGAGCAGAGCGUGUGGAACUCCAUCGGCGUGGUAGCUACCAAUUAGGCGGGCCGGGAACCGCUCAAUGGCGAGCUAAAUAGGAGAUAUGCGAACAUCUAUCAAAAGACACAUCGAGGCUACGAAAACAUCAUUGAAAUGGAAGGCUGCGAGAAGUCACGCCGUCAUCGAGAGUCGUACGAGUGGAUAGAAAUACCCAAGAGAAAAGCCCCUCGCUGUCGGUGUUGUCUCAUGAAUAAGGAGGUGUUGAGGAAGCUUCUGCAGCCUCAUCAAUCUCGUUCCAAGCACCCAAUGGCGAACAAACUCCAGCUCAGACAUAGGGUUUCGAUGAUAACAGGGCUGUCAGGUGUGCCGUGUUCACAUGGUAGAAAAUCGUAUGCAUCUGAGUGGCUUUGAGCAAGAUAGAGGUCGGUGGAGAUAUCAGCUGCUCUUGGCAGGGCGUGGCAGCCAUCAGGGUCCUUACCCGAGCACUCCUGCCAAGUGACCAGCUCCCGACUUCCGACUUCCAUCUCCUGAGUCCCGACCGGAGUCCACGACGCUGACUGCAAAUCAUCAACUUCAUUCGAUGCUUCCGUGUGAAGUUGUGCAACCCGCCAAGAAGGCACCACAUUGCAGCUGCUAUCCAGAAACCCAGAACACGAAAACGCCAUGGUUCCAUGCAAGCUCCCAUCGGUUGUUCUGCAUUCAUUGGUACUGCUCACAUCACAACUGUUGGCCACAGGGGUCUAACGAGCCAUCUACUCGCUCAAACGUGCUCAGUGUGGGCCCACCCCAUCUCCCCCCCUCUCGGUCAAGCCAGGGUGAGUCCAUAAUGUUCACCAGUUAUCAUCAUAUUUGCUGCAGCAUACACCUAUCACAACAUGCUCAUUCUCCAUCCACAACAGAUAGUGCUUCAGGAGUUGAUGGUUUCUUUGACCCAAAAAAGAACACUUCACGUCCCACGAAAGCGCCACCCUGUUGUGUUUAAAACAAGGUAUUAAUGUGGUGCUUGUCCGCCGCUGAUUGCCCACCCCAACAGCCUCUUUCUUUCCUGGUACACUUUCUCGAGAGGCGUUCUUCCCUCUCAACCUUAUUUGGACUUGCCCUGGGGACCCCACCCUCGAAAGAAUUACCACAAAACCUUAUCCAGCUCAACUUUUGACCACCAAUCCAUCCGCUGAUCAAUUUUGACUCAGUUUUGCUACAGCUUCAAUCUUGCUACGGCCUCACUUCAGACACAAACAACAGUUAAUAUUCCGCAUCCACACACCCAAAAUGGACCACUCCAACCACAACAUGACACCCACCUCAACCAUCACCAGUGUGAUCGCCACGACAACCUCGACCGCUGCUGCUGCGGCAGCCGGCGGCGGCCAUGGCCACGGCGGCGGCACCGGUUGCAAAAUUAGCAUGCUCUGGAACUGGAACACGAUCGACUCCUGCUUCAUCUCCUCGUCGUGGAAAAUCACCUCAAACCAAAUGUUUGGUGGGUCAUGCGUCGGCGUUUUGUUGCUCGCCAUCACGAUGGAAGCCUUGAGGAGGUUGACGAAGGAGUAUGACCGGUACCUGGUCAAGAAACAUCGGGAGGCAUUGGCUGGGCAGCACAAUGUCGACGUUACGCAGGGGUACAGGCCGAAGAUCUGGGAGCAAGCGGUCAGGGCAGCCUUGCACAUGGUACAGUUUGCGGUGGGAUACUUUAUCAUGCUGUUGGCGAUGUACUACAAUGGGUACAUCAUUAUAUGCAUUUUUCUUGGGGCAUAUCUCGGGUCCUUCAUGUUUCACUGGGAGCCACUCGUGUGGGACAAACAACUGCCACGAAGGACCCCACACUCUGUUGCCAUUGACCAAGCAUGGCGAGGUGUUGACUGGUUUAUUUUUGAUACAUUGGACAUGGAUACGAAGUAG